CUUAUCAUGAAAGAGUGAGUCCAAAUUCUAAGUAAAGCUGAAAACAGUCAUAAAAGUCAGCCGUUCAGUUUUCCCACAGCACGCUGUUGGACAGACGUCGCCAUUCAAAGCGGUCCACCUAGGCAAUAAAAGGUGAUUACGACUCAAAUGAUAAUGAGAUAGAAAGCGAAAUUUCAUUGUGUGACAUGUGAGGUCAAAAUGUUACAGGGUAAAUGUUUCACUGACGAGUUGAGCGUCUUUGCCUGUUGGCCCCAAACGCGUGCAUUGAAACCUUUGGGACAAAAUGGAAAGUCUUGCUGUGUUUUUGAGCCUGAAAUAACUUUGUAAGGCUGUUGAUGUAGAACACAAGGACAGAUUAUCUCGCAAAAUAAGCAACUGAAGUCAAGAGACUUCUGUUAUGCACGGAUAAACAGAAGCACAUGCCGGCUUCCCCUCUCUCUUUUGUCUCUCGCUGUCUCCCUCACACGCACACACGCUAGAGUCCACACAACCACCAGUAGAUCCACCCAGCUGGUACUGCAACGCAGAUAAAUCCCAUUCUGCCUACCUUUAUUGUUACAUAUCGUAAGUAGCUAGCUACGAUCAAAACACAGAUAUGAAACAGAUCUUUCUCGUGCCGGGACAUGUUAAAAGGGAGUUGCAUGGAAUAUAAAAAUGCGUUUUCACUGAACUGUUUUCUCGGGGCAUAAAUCUUUUGUAGAAAGCUGCCAAAGCAAACACAAUCAUUUUAACUCAAGUCAACCAAAAGAAACAAUUGCUUUCUGUUAGGUGUGAUCAUUUCUCAAGAACAGUUUAGGAUAGAUUACUGGUUAAAGUGUCGUUGUGCAGGAUUAAUGUUCUCUCAUAUUACUUCACUGUGUAGUGUUUUUUAAUGGCUUAGUCAGCAUUAGAUGGGGCCUCUCACAAGGUCUGCUUGUUUCACUUGGACACAGUUUUGCUUGACAGGUGGAAGAAGGAGCUGAAAUCAUCCAACGCAAGGUGUUUCCAGUUGGAGUGUUUGGUUCAACUGUAAAGGAUUGAAAUUUUCCAUGAGUACAGAAGAAAAUUUAAUGGAAAUUUUCCAUGAAAUUGGCAAAAUGAAAUUCACCUGAUUGUUAUACAGUUUACACCAAGCACACUGUCCUCAACAGCUCUUUAUUUGAUUAAAUAAAUGUUUGAUUUCAUGUAUUUCACUUACAUUUUGGUCAGAAUUGAAGAAUAAUUUUUUUUAGCCAUGAUCACGCCUACCGUCUGCAGCAUUAGCCGUACCUUAUUGGCUCGACCUGUGUGCUUAGUGGUCCCUGUAAUACUGCAGAAAUAUUUCAAAAUAUCUAAAGUAGCAUGCAUGCGUGCAGAUCAUGCAGAUAAGAAAAUAUGCACAAACACUCACACUUGUCACUUUAUGCCUCAGAGUAACUAAAGUUAAACAGGCUUGACAGUCUUUCAGUACCAUCUGGAUCCAAUUUGCCAACAAAACAGCAAGAAAUUCAAUAGCAGCAGUGUUUGCUUUGUCAACAAAAGCACAUGUUUGUGUGGCACAUGACAUGAUAAGUGAAAGCGGUUGCUCGGUUUAAUGAGUUUUUCAUAUGCGAUUCAUACUCGCUGCAUUUGCCUUUUGAAUUAAAUGCCAUGUUAUUAUUUCCUACUAAGACGUCCCAGACCUUUUUCUUGCUUUAGAUUCAUAAGCACUGAGAAUCUGUCUUUAACAGAUUUACUCCUACUUGCUUCACAGUAGACACACAGGCUGAAGUUGCUCUGCUAAAUUAAAUAUUUGAUAGCACAGUGGCUCUGUAUGAAGAAAAGACAUUCUGUGCCACAGUUUCUUCUAAUAUUUAUGGAGAGACAAGUGUAUCUCCUUCAGGUAGGUCACUCUCUGGUUUUAGCCAACAGGAGCGUACACUGUACACCUGACAGAGAGUUUUAAAAUGACAUGCAAAGCUGCUAUUCUGUUUAAUCCACGGUGGCUCUGCAGCAAGUAAAACAACGCUGUUAAGAGAUGGAUCCAGUGUAGUAGGACACAAUCUUGUUUGUUUGACAGCCAGCGUGCUUCCUUUCUCUUAGUCAUACACUGCGAGUCUGUUAGGUUCUCCUAUGAAGUGCACUGGAGGGGCUUGCUCCCUGAUGUGUCCUAUACUGCUGCUUUGUUAUACUGGCAGGCAACCUUUGGCGUGGGGCUUAUUUCACCAAGUAAAACUACAUAGCCAUUUAUGACAUUAACAUUAACAGUGCACCAAUAGAUGCUCAUCUAUGUGGAAAGUCUGAAGAGCCAGGAGACAGGAGUACGUGACGACGAUGAGCAGCUAACACAAACAUCUCUAAAAGCGACAAGUCUGUCAAGAAAGACAAUCAGAGGAUGACUUGCAGGAAACAGGUGAUAGUUUGGGAAUUUACCACAAGCCGUAAGUGACGAGAUAGAGCGGCUGGAGGGGAGGGAUGGGAGGAGGAGCAGAUGAGUGGUGAAAUGAGUUGCCAAGUGAGUGAGAGUAAGUGGAAUCUGGCACCUGAGUGGGCAAUAAGGUACUAAAUUCUUCUUACCCAUCAGUUAUUCAGGAAGGUUUUCUAGGAAAAUAUCCAACUGCCACACUUCAAGCUGACAGAGCUUAAUUUAAGUAGUUUAGCAAAGCGUGCACAUUGACUGUAGAGACUGUUGAAACCACAGUGCACUCGGAGGUGGUUUUAUUUCCGCAUAAAAUGCAUUGAACAACUGCUCAAAUGCUCGUCGUCAUGAACUUGGAGCGUGCAAUGCAAUUUAUCGAAUCGGUUAACCAAAGGAAUGCACUGGGGGAAGGAGAAAGUUUAGGGUGUGCCUAAACGAAGGAGGAAAACAAGUGUUUCUACUGUGAGACAAAGCAUGCCAGAAAAAAAGAAACGAGGAGGAGCUGAAACAAGAAGACUGACUGCAUGAUGUUUUGGCUGCAUCAUGUGGCUUUCAGACAGACUUAGCACUCAAAGUUGUGUCAAGGCAUCCGGAAGGGCAGGCUGAAAAUCCCCAGAUCAGACAGUGUAAGUCUACACUUACAACAAACCAAAGGACUAGUGUGUCAAGGUGACUUGAGGGUCUGUUACACACCUUGCUGGGCUUAUGGAGCUUAUUUAUGUACUGCUGAGUAACGACAACAAGAACCACACAACUUAAGGUCAACCUGUGUAAUGGUGUGAUUUUUUUUUUCUCUCUCCAACGUUACUGUAUUAUGUUUGUAAAAUGAGAUUGUCAGUCUAACACUUCCAUGCAUUCUUUUUUGGAUAAUACAACAAUUAACUGUGAUAAAUCAUCCAUGAAUAUAUAUGUGUUGCUGUCUACAUAGAUUGAAAUUCACAUUUAACUAUUACAUGAACAUUUCUUCUUCUACAUGAAUAUAACCAGAAUCCAACCAGCUGGCAGCCUGUUGAGUCGAGUCCCUCAAGUUGCACUCAUUGACAAAAACUCAAUCAGACUGAUGGCAACAUGCUGGCAAUCUGUCUGCAUUUAUAAAUUAGACAGCAAUUCUUUGCAAACCUCCAACAAUCUCUCUGAGAGUGACCUCAGUCAGUCCACAUGGUCAUGAGUGCAACACCCUCAAUCUCUGGGCAACCACUGAGUCACCACAAGUUGCACUUGGUCGCAGAAUGUGAAAAAAUUCAAUAUUGUCACCAGGAAGCCACGCUUUUUUUUUUUCUUCUUAUUUUGUAGAUACAAGGAGAUUGAUGUCCUAUGUUUAAUCAUGUAACUUAGGUAUUAGCUUGUUGCAAAUUAGGAGGUUAAGUCUGUCAGAUGGUCUUUCAGUUCAGUCGAUUUAAUGAGAGUUUGCUUGCGUCCUGCGAGCUUAUAGCACUGCCUAACUUUGUAAACCUGUUCAUGGAUACCUAAACCUUUAUUUUUUUAUUGUAACAACUGGGAUCUUUUUGUUGGAGCUGAAACGAAAUAAAUUGUUUUUAACACUCAGCGGUAUCUUAAUAUUUGAGAACUGAAAAAGCAAUUGGACCUAUAAAUGGUCAAUGACAACAGAGUUGACAAGCAGCUAGUGAUGUAGAAAAGUGAUGGAAGGAAACCAUGUUUUUUAAACUGGUUUUAUACAGACUUUUAGCUCUUAAACACUACAGACAAUGAAGAAAAACACCCUAAAAGCACCUUUUGGGGUACUUUUAGGGUGGUAGUGUUGCAUGUGCCUUUUGUUCACAGCGUUCCCACCAUAUUUUAAUUUCUUUAAUAAAAUAUCAAUAUUUAGUGUUCCUGUAUUGAUACAAUAUCACCAUGCAAGUAUUAGGAUAAAAAAUAUUUGCAACAUUUAAGUCUGAAAAGUUUGACUGAGUCAGACUUUCUAAUAUCAGAUUAUGAUUGCAACAAUGAUAUGUUUGGUGUAUAGUUGAAAACAGGCUUUUCACAGAGGUCAUGUUUGCACAUGCAUAUGCACAGAUUGCAUAGGCUUAGUUGGUAUCUAUUUGUCUUUUGCUUUCUGAAAGUGCAUUGGGUUAGAUGAUGAUGUGAGGAUUCAGUUACUGUGGUUACUUUCAAGCGCUCCAGUUUUUCUGUUAGCACUGUUCAUGUACAGCAUGUUUUUAAGCUCUUUCUAAAAACUCCCAGGCUUCACGCUGUCCCAGACUCCAAAUAUUUGAACGUUUCAGAAAGGAAUCACUUUCAGUCUGAACAAAAUUUCAAAGUGAAAGUAAGCUCAGGAUCAGACGUUUGUUUUAGUGAGCAAUCCAAACCGUGCAGCAACACCCAGCAAACAUGAUUAAAACUGCGGCGUCAUCUCCUUGGUCAAAACUUGUCAAUGAUUGAUGCCAGAAACUGAACCGUACAUAUAUGGAUGUUGAUGUUGUGUCACGUAGAAUAGUUGUUGCGUCAACCCGUCUUUUACAAAGUAAGAAAUGUAGAUCAGAUUACUGCAAAGAAGAAAUGAAAGGCAUUUGUCUCUGUUUUGUUUUUUUAGUACAUGAUUGUGAUGAGACUUUAAUGCAACUUGGUCUUCUCCAUGUACACAAACUAGUAUUACUGCAACCUGAUUUUAAGAAAUAGACACUUUUAAGGUAGUCACAGUUUUGUAUACCUCUGUUGUAUUUCAUUUGUUGCAUGUUGAACCUAACAUCAGGCUCUUUCCACAAUGUUAGCAUCAUACAGUCAGGAAUGAUAUUAUUCAAAUGUGCCAUUAAGCUCAGUAGGAUAAGUGAUGAGGUCACAGGUUUCAGUCACCACAGCAGUCUGUGUAAAUAUAUAUAGUUCUCAUUCAUUUCAUUUUUAAAUUUCGUUCAUUUAAUUUUAAUUGAUGAAGAGGUUUUAGAAAACUAUCCUUGAACACAAAAUUACUGUUGAUAGAAAGUCUAACAAGGACAUCCAGAUAUUGUUUAAGAAGCACCUUAAACCAAGGCAUCAGUUCAACUUUUAUUUUGGAAUUUUUUUUUUUUAUUUUCAGCCACCACUAGCUGCUGAGAAAAAGUUGAUUGCUAUUCAAUGUGUUUGGGAUAUUAACGGCUAAUCUUUUGUUGUGGAUGAAUAAUUUCAGACCUUUUCGUCAUCUUCUAUUUGCCAUAUUAUGACGUUUGUCUCUACUAACUGGAACCGUGAACUUUUACUGAAAACAGUUUAACUCAUCCUCCAUCUUCCCUGUGCUAAUGUUUUAUAUUAUCCUAACCAUAACUCUGUAGUAUGGAAGAGGAUUAGGGCCACAGGAGAAACAAAGAAAAAAAGUGGACAUGUCUUUUUUCUUUUGCAGAAUUCUGACUUUAAUCUCAGAAUUUUGCAAAAAAAAAAAAGAAAAGAAAAAGAUGUUGCCACAUCCCCCCCAGGUGGGCCUAAUCCUCUUCACUGUAGCUAGCCACAGAGCACCUUCGUGUCCGCUGCUCAGAAGGAGCGGAGUUCUACACGAGGUCCUGCACCAAGGUCAGAGGGCGAAUGGGUCACAGAUUCAUGUUCGUUGAUGGAGACAAAGCUGUGUCUGGGUCGUACAGCUUCACUUGGAUGGCCUCGCGUCUGGAUAGGAAUCUCAUCACCGUGGUUACAGGCCAGGCUGUGGAUGGCUUCGACCGACUGUUUCGCUUCCUCUAUCUGUCCUCCAGUUCUGUUGACCUCCGGCAGACCAUCACAGAGCCUGAACCUGAGCCGGAACCCCUCCCACAGCCCGCCCCUGUCAUACCCCCUUCUGCUGAGAUUGCGAGGAAGUUGUACAGCCCAAAAUAUGCCCUGGUUGCUUUGACCAACCCCGGCCCCACCACCUCUGUUAACCAAGAAAGCCCCAAAGAACACCAAAAUCCAGAGAACUCCAAGAAGAAGAGGCGAGGCAAGGCUAGUGAAGAAUCGACAAAAAAAUCUCCUCCUCUCCAUCCUGGAUUAAUAAAUCUAGAAAAAGCAUGCUUAAUCGCAUACCUGCCCACAUGGCCAGAACCUGACCCCCCCAGUGAUGUCAUAGGGUUCAUUAAUGUUCGGGAUGCCAAAAAACCAACUCAAGUCCACUUGCAGCGUUCAGAGAUGUUUGAAACCAGCCAGGCGAUCAGGUUUAGCAGUCCGUUCAGCAGCACAAAGGAAUCCAAGGAAGAAGUCGCCAAGCCCACACAGGCGACUCCUAAACAAGAGGAGGUGAAUGCACUCCAACCAGCACAGGCUAAAUCCAUGGUUGAUGAUGCUGUAGAAAAAGCACAGCAAGCACAACUCAGUGAUGUCACACAUAACAAAGAGGCAUCUGAACAGAAAUCACCUGCAUCUGAGGAAAAGUCUGACCUGCAGUCAGACGCCGCUAAUUCUGUCAGCCCCAAGAAUAAAUUUGAUUUAAGCACAACCACUAACCAAGAGGCAGGCCUUGAUACUCCCCUUGGUGCACAAACACUUCCCCAAUCCAGCAGCGAAGCACCCGCUUCUGACGAGGGGAAGAUUUCCCACGCAGAACAACCCGUCUCAUCAAACAGUCACGCUGAGUCAGGCUCGCUCCCAGAAUUAAACACAGAAAAGGAAGCAGAACCUACAAGUAGAUUGAGCACACAAAGUUCUGCUGUGCACAGGACACACACCCCAACACCAAACGGUGCACACACCCCUCAGAUUCCCGACUCCCCAGAAUUAAACACAGAACAAGGUACGAAAGAAAAGACCCCACCACCACAGGCGGAUUCACAAACACGAGCUGUUCACAAGCAACCGCAAAUCUCUACUGAAGUGGCUUCUAGCAUCCAGACUCCAACUGUCCACAGCAACAUUUCCACCUCCCUGGUUUCUGCCACACAGUCUAAAAAUAACCACAUUCCUAUUACUACAGUGCACUCAAGCACAUCUUCUAGCGCUUCUGUUCCCUCCACCAGCUCCUCUGCCCUUCCUCCUCUUACUUCUUCCGUUACAACACCAAAUCCACCCCUCCCUGCAUCCUCUUCUUUGACCCCAGCUCCCCCUAUCCCUAAACCUCGUACCAUACAGAUAGUUAUGAGUGACAGCAGCACCAGCAAUGGGCAGAAACUGCCGGAGAUCCGUCUUGUUAGGAGGCCCGAGGCCAGCACAGGGCCCCUCGUGGCCCACAGUGCGUUUGAUGUGGCAGCUGUUGAGCAGACAUCUCUGGUAAAAGAGUGUCAAACUGUCCCUGAGCUGCAGGACGACAGUACCAGUAAGGCAGGGGCACAAAAAGACACAGAGAACACAGGGAAUCCUGAAGAAACUUCAAAGCAAGAAUCUAAAGAGACAAGUGUGGAAGCAGAUGAGCAAGACGAUGACGGAGCAGCAUCCCAGACGGUCGCUGGAAGCGAGCUGCACAAGUCAGACGCUUUGAUUAAUGAUGCACCAAAGGCAGCCGCAUUGAAAAUUCAAGAAAUCAUUCCAAAAGAUGUUGACCUCGAAACUUCCGAAGAUUGCAGGAUUAUUGGGAAGAUGGACGCACGCUGUGUAGCAACAGCGCAGGCAGAUACAGCGAGCCCUGAAAGGACUCUGACAGGCUCUGAAUCUGGUGACGUGUCAGACAGAAAAGGUGAAAAUGUGACACAGUGCAGAACAUUUCUCGCAAGAGUACAUGAACCCCAAAGGAUAUCAUUUUCUAAACCACAGGACAUGGAUCAGAUGGAGGCUCUGAAUUCUUCGACAGCGCCAGUGUUCUCGACCUCAUGUCUGCGACCUCAUAACGGCGAUGGCGCACACACAUCUGCUACAGACACCCACAGCCAGCAAGGUGAACAAGUAAGACUCACACAUGUAGACAAUGAGGUUAAUAUGCGAAAUACUGCAAAUCACAACACGCACAGCACCUUUCAAGAACAAACUUCUACAGGACGUGUUGGCACACACACGCCUGAAAAAGCCCUGCGUUUACACCUCACCGAAACACACCUGCCGGACUUCCGUUCGCAAACACCUGUGCACCGAUCACAGUCGCUUAAAGCACACACUCCCACUCCUGAUGGAUUUUCUCCACGCACGCCAGCCUUGGAUUCUCUAUCGCCAGACAUUUUUGAUGGUUAUAUCUCCUCACGAGAGGACUCCACUCUCUCCACCACCUCUGAAGAGUAUUAUGAAUGUAGCGACUCGCUUUUUAAUGAGCCUGUUUUUGACCACAUGGCUUCUCGUGACCAGGGGAUGAUAGCGGAUCACAUUAAUUUCGCACACACAAAUAGUCUAAAUUCUCCCGCCACUGGCACCGGUCCUGCACACAAAAAUUACAGCUCAAGUGAUGCUACAUUAGGUACGGCACACAGUGAAACACAGAUUUUGACUGGGGCCGCUAAAGUCCCCAGUUCUUCUUUACUUGGAAAAAAAGUGGAAACUAGGGAGGUAGAGAACAAGGCAAGUAAAGAAGAAGCGAGUGAAGAGGACGAACAUGGGAGGAAACUGAGUGUGGCCGAGACGAGGGAAGAGCAAGAAUCCCAGGGGACAGAGAUGAGAGGCAGUGAGGAUACUAAUAGAAUAAUGGUGCAAAUUAAACGAGGCAAAGAUUCAACUGAAACAGGAGGAAAAGACAAAGAGGUCCAAACGCCUACGAGAAAGGUGGCAAGGAGCCAGUCAGCUGCAGACAGACUGGUGGAUGGAGGAAUGACUGCAGGAGGGUCAAGUAAAGAGAGAUCGAAGCCAAAGCGAUCGUCCGCUGGUGACAUUAAAUCAACAGAGGGAGGGAGACCAGACAGAGAGGGGAGGGAGAACGCUUCAAACCAGGUGGAAAUAAGACCCAGGGGUACAGAGAGGAGAGCGAGCCCCCAGUCAAAGAGGCAGACAGAGGGACAGAAGCUUUCACACUCUUCACCCAAACCUCAAAAACAGAGGGUCCAACGUAAUCCGAAUUUCUUUGAUAAUAUGUCAUCUCUUCACAAAACGUCAACCAGACCACCGCAACCACUGGUGACGGGUACUGUGGGAUCUAUAGCCGGACGGAAACGGGUCUCCCAAAGCCAGCAGAGCCAGGAUUCAGCAGCACAGAACCAAACUCCUUAUCCAAACUCCUCCUUACUCCAUAUGAACCCACAGAUCCAGCUCAGUACUCAGUCUCACAACCAGACGGCAUCUGGACCGGAAGUGCAGGAUGGGAGAACUCCAUUUAACUUGAGUUUCAGCCGGCUGUGCAACCUUAAGGGGAUGAAUGGCAAAGUGAACAAGACUCCAGCGCACAGUAAAAGAGGCAGCGUGGCCACUCCAGCACAUGAGAGUAAAACCACCAGCUAACGUGGUCACUGGUCAUCACGUCUUUUUAAUGUUACUGUGUCAGGCGAAAUCACCACUGGGCCAAUGUUUAUAUACCAACACAUGUUGUUACCUCUUUCUUGACUCCUCGUGUUGUAUGACAAAUUUUUCAUGUCUGCAUUUAAACUCGUGGAGAUUUAUUUUUCAUAUUUAAAUCCAGCUGCCUGCCAGUUUACAGCGAGCUUUCUUCCCCGGGAGGUCAUGACUUCAGGUGCAAUAAAAAGACUAGACCAGAGUUUGCAUACAUUUUUAAUAACUCGGAUGAGGAAACUGAAAUAGUGUGUUUUCAUUCUCCAACCUCAGGCGUCAGUCAAAAAAAAACAAAAACUCUUACAUCAAUCAGCUCUUUGACUUACUGUAUUUAAACAUGCUGCACAUAUACAGCGGAUAAAGCAAAAAGAAAAACAAUAUAUUAUUGGCAUUACUGGAUGACUCCCAUAUGUUUUUGUGGAUUAACGUACGGCUUUAAUAUCGUAUUUUCUAUUUUUAAAAAUUUUUGCUGUUUGAUUAAUGGGGAUUGAUGAAAAUGUUCGUUAAUAGUGUUUAAAACUGGUACACACCUAACUGCAUUUACAUAGGACUAUAUUAUAUACCAUAUUAAAGUUCCAGCUGUUAUCUAACAUUACUUUACAUUUAAUAAAGAAAACGCUCAGCAUUUUGUGACUUUUUUUUUUUUACAGCAAUCUGGAACAUUUGUCCUGAAUUUGUAAUAUAUUUUUUCUCCUCUGUAUAUCUGUACAUUCAAAAAGGGGGUGCAUGUUAAAAAAGUGAAAACAAUUAUAAUUUUAUUUAGGUCAUUUGGUAUUGUUACACUGAAAGGCUAAAGAGCAGUUUUCUUUUUUUCACAUCAAAAGUAUUUUUUUAGAUUCUUAAUAUUUUUGUCCUGGAAGUGACUGUGCCAACAGACUUGCUACCUCUGAAGACAGAUAAAGAUGUUCUGAAGAAUUGCUGCAGGAAUGCACCAGAUAGUGCACAGGUUUUUCCAAAUGAGAGUGGAAAUGUGCAGGAUGACCAAGAUGCUAAAAAUCACAAAUAUCAUAUGUCGUUUGAUGGUAAAAAAUAAAAUAAAUAAAGAAGCAUCUUCUGUCUGUAAUGUUAUAGUUAAUGGACAAUGCAUUUUUAAUGAAUGUGCAGCAUGUUUACGCCUUUGCCAAAGAUUUUGUAUUUAACUGUUAAGUGUCCACAUUGGUGUGUUUGUAGUGGAUUUACAUAGAUUUAAGAUGAAUUCAGCUCUUUUGAAUCCACUGCAGACAGGUAGACAUCUGCAAGCAUGACUUCAGAGCUCACUUCAUGUGAGCUUACACAUAUGGUCAUGAGCUGUCACCAUAUUUCUGACUUCAAAUUAGAUUCAGAUUUGUAGCAAGGGUUGAAUUAUGCAAAUAGAGGAAAAUAAAGCUCUGUGUCUUUAAAUGGCUGGAAAAAAAUUAAUAUCCUUUCUGAGCAACAUACUAACAUGAAAAGGAAUAGUUUGUCCCGUAAUUCAGCUACAAUGAAAAAGGCACAAAGCUGGAGUUAUUCUGUGUUUUGCUGCACAGCUGC